UAGACUGUCAUGAUGUCAUAACCUCACGUUCUUGCCUUCAUCUGGCUUUUGCACUCCUGUCAAAAAAAUGGGAAUAUCCGCUACAAUAUUGAUAUAAAGGUGUUUUAACGAAAAGUAGAAAGAAAAAGGCGAUAAGCCAUGACUGCAAUUCAAAGACUGGAUGAUUUAAUUCAAUCUGUUAGUUUAUACACCCGUAAAAGUACCCUUCUUCAUUUUUAUAUAUUCCCAUUUUUGAUAUUUCAUUCCUUAUGGAUCUAUUUCUGGAUAGGUAUUCUUGGUCUUAACGAAUUUUAUGAAGGGGGAUUAAUUGUAGUUGCUGGAAUAGGUUGUGCACAAAUCUUAUGUGUUUUGGCUUGCUAUUGGUCAGUUCAUGUAAAUUGUUUUUUUACCUGUAACAAGGCAUCUACUCCCCAUAUAGCUACAGUUGUGAAAGUAGUUCCUACACUGAACAAUGGAAGUUCAGAAUUGGUCUCACUUCACCAUUCAAAGGAAAUCGAAGAAACAAAAAUAUGGUUCAUAUUUCAAAAAACAAAAUAUAUUUGGGAUUCUGAUAAGAAAACAUUUAGAGGAGUAGAAUUCCCAAUACAUAAAUCAUUUAAGGAAUAUUUGUCAAGUAAGGGUUAUCAAGAAGAACUAGAUAUACAAAAAGCUAUUCAACAUUAUGGAAAGAAUGAACUUGAUAUGGUAGUGCCUGAGUUUUCAGAAUUAUUCAUAGAGAGAGCCACUGCCCCUUUUUUUGUUUUUCAAGUGUUUUGUGUGGCAUUGUGGUGUUUGGAUAAAUAUUGGUAUUAUUCAAUUUUUACCCUUAUUAUGCUCGUACUUUUUGAGUGCACAUUGGUGCAACAGCAGUUGAGGAACAUGGCUGAAAUAAGAAAAAUGGGAAACAAACCAUAUAAUAUUAUGACUUAUAGAAACCGUAAAUGGAGGUUGAUGCCAACUAAUGAAUUGGUACCAGGAGAUAUAAUAUCUAUCACCAGGACUUCAAAGGAUAAUCUUAUUCCUUGUGAUGUUCUGCUGUUGAGAGGUUCAUGUAUAAUAGAUGAGAGUAUGUUGACAGGGGAGUCAGUACCCCAAAUGAAAGAAGCAAUUGAAUUUUUUGAUCAAGAUAAAAUAUUAGAUCCAGAUGCUGACAGUAAAUUACAUGUACUUUUUGGUGGAACAAGAACUGUACAACAUACACCACCUUUGAAGGCUACAAGUGGCCUAAGAGCUCAAGACAAUGGUUGUGUUGCUUAUGUACUGAGAACAGGGUUCAAUACCUCUCAAGGAAAGUUAUUGAGAACAAUUUUAUUUGGAGUUAAGAGAGUUACUGCUAAUAAUAUGGAAACCUUUGGUUUCAUAAUGUUCUUAUUAGUUUUUGCCAUUGCUGCAGCUUGGUAUGUGUGGCAGAAGGGAAUAGAGGACCCAGAAAGGAACAGAUAUAAGUUAUUUUUGGAGUGUACUCUCAUCUUGACCUCUGUGAUCCCGCCAGAACUCCCAAUUGAAUUAUCAUUAGCAGUAAAUACUUCACUGUUAGCAUUAUCAAAACUUGGAGUAUUCUGUACAGAACCCUUCAGAAUUCCUUUUGCAGGGAAAAUUGAUAUAUGUUGCUUUGAUAAAACUGGUACCUUGACUAGUGAUGAUCUGAUAGUUGAAGGUGUAGCUUUAGCAGAAAAAGACUCAUCAGUUACUGCUUUGAGUGAUGCUCCAAGUGACACCAUACAAGUUUUGGCUUCCUGUCACUCAUUAGCACAGCUUGAUGAUGGUAUGGUUGGUGAUCCCCUAGAAAAAGCCACCUUGUUGGCUAUAGAUUGGAAUUUGACCAAAUCAGAUGUUGUCAUUCCAAGAAGGGGAAAAAAUGCUGUUUUGAAAAUAUUCACUCGAUUUCAUUUUUCCUCAAGUUUGAAGAGAAUGUCAGUGAUUGCUGGAUAUACCCCAUCUGGGUCUACUGAAACUCAUUAUAUAUCAAGUGUAAAGGGUGCACCAGAAACUUUGAGAUCAAUGUUCAAGACCAUUCCUGACAAGUACGAUGAGGUUUAUCUUGAAUUGUCUCGUAGGGGUGCUAGAGUUCUUGCUCUGGGUACAAAAGAACUUGGAAAGUUGUCAUCUCAAGAACUCAGGGAGAUCAGUAGAGAUGAUGUUGAAAAAGAUCUGACAUUUGCUGGAUUCGUCAUAAUUUCAUGCCCUUUGAAAACGGAUUCGAAAGCGGUAAUAAAAGAAUUGCAGAAUGCUUCUCAUAGAGUUGUGAUGAUUACUGGUGAUAAUCCAUUGACUGCUUGUCACGUGUCUAAAGAAUUGAAAUUUACUAGUAAGCCAAUUCUGAAUCUUGUGAAGAAUGAUGAUUGGGAAUGGGAAUCCAUUGAUCAAGAUGUUAAAUUUCCUUCAGAAUAUGAUUAUAAAACACUGACAAAGAAUUAUGAUCUUUGCAUAACAGGAGAUGGGCUGUCUUACUUGAACACUAACUUCCCAGCAUUCCUCAAAUUGAUUCUGCCCCAUGUCACUGUAUUUGCUCGUUUUGCCCCAAAACAGAAAGAAUUUGUUGUUGUUAGUUUGAAAAACCUUGGUUAUAUGACUCUUAUGUGUGGGGAUGGAACUAAUGAUGUUGGUGCUCUGAAACAUGCUGAUUGUGGGGUGGCUAUACUUUCCAAUGCACCAGAAAGAAUGCCUGAUCUAAAAGAAAUUAAGGAAAAAGAGAAAAAGCUCAAAGAAAAUUCCCAUUUGCCAGUUAGAAAUAGAUUAUCAAAAAAGGAAGAACAAAAGGAAAAAUUACAACAGAAUAUAAACCGAAUGUUGAAAGAAAUGGAAGAACAAGAAGGCCCACAAAUUGUGAAAUUGGGUGAUGCAAGUAUUGCUUCUCCUUUCACAAGUAGAUUGUCAUCAAUUAUGUGUGUGUGCCAUAUAAUCAAACAAGGAAGAUGCACUUUGGUAACAACAUUACAAAUGUUUAAGAUAUUGGCUCUCAAUGCACUAAUAUUAGCCUAUACACAAUCAGUAUUAUAUCUGGAUGGCAUAAAACUCAGGGAUAUGCAAGCUACAUUGCAAGGGCUGCUGUUAGCAGCCUGUUUUCUUUUCAUCUCAAGAUCAAAGCCUUUGAAAACGCUUUCUAAGCAACGACCAUUACCGAAUAUUUUUAAUCUUUAUACAAUUAUGACUGUUAUGCUGCAGUUUAUGGUUCAUUUCUUAUGUUUAAUUUAUUUAGUUCAACAGGCCAAACUCCAAGCACCAAUAGUUGAGGAAACUGAAGAAAUGAAGAAAAUGACUGAGGAGGAGAAAGAUGAACUGUUUGAACCAAAUAUUGUGAAUAGUACUGUCUAUAUAAUCUCAAUGGCUUUACAAAUAGCAACUUUUGCUAUUAAUUAUAGGGGUAAUCCAUACAUGGAGAGCAUAAGACAGAAUAGGGCUCUUCUCUACAGUAUUCUUGGUUCAGGAGGUGUUGUACUAGCUCUCACUCUUGGUAUUUUACCAGAAUUAUCUGCUCAGUUCGAAAUAAUCGAUUUCCCUCCAGAUUUUCGAAUUAUUCUUCUAGAAGUCCUCUUUGCUGACUUCUUUUUCUCAUAUCUGGUGGACCGAAUAUGUUUAUGGGUGUGUGGUGAAGGAUAGUCCUAUUUUACAUGGAACACUAAGACUUGGACAAAGACUAUAAGUUGAUUGGGUUCUUUCGGUUGAAGCAUCAAGCUUCUUGAGAAUGUCAUUCCACUUACUGUGAAGUAAUUUUUGUUCAGUUCACAAAAAUGAUGUAGUAAAUAUUUGCAAUAUUUUUGUACAUCAAAUUAAGAAUUCCAUAAAUCAUGUGAAUGUGACUGAGUUUAUCUUUAUUUAUUAAUAGAGAAUUAUUGCAUCUA